GCGCUGAGGAUGUGCGAGCAGGCAGCGCGGUACUGCCGGGCCGGCGUGCAGAAGCUGCUGAAGAAGCCGGCGCCGGCGCUGCGCGGGCUGGACGGGCUGCUGCGCUGGGCGGCCGGCAGGAUGGGCGACAAGGGCCUCGCCGAGCGGGAGCUGCUGGCCCCGGGAGCCGCCGCCGCCCAGAGGAAGGGCACCUCCGUCAUCCUCGAUAUUUUCAGAAGAGCUGACAAAAAUGAUGAUGGGAAGCUGUCACUGGAGGAGUUCCAGGCCUUUUUUUCUGAUGGGACACUCAACGAAGAAGAACUCGAGAAGCUCUUUCAUACCAUUGACUCAGACAACACAAACAAUGUGGACACCAAGGAGCUGUGUGACUAUUUUGCUGACCACAUGGGAGACUAUGAAGAUGUUUUGGCCUCACUGGAGAUGCUGAACCUCUCCAUCCUGAAGGCAAUGGACUACACCAAGCGGGUGUACGAGAGCGGCAGCAACGUGGAGCAGUUCGUGACCCGCUUCCUGCUGAAGGAGACGGCGAACCAGACCCAGUCCCUGCUGAGCUCUGUGGAGAGCGCCGUGGAUGCCAUCGACGAGCAGACCAACCCCAGCAGGCACUGCCCCAGCAAGGCUGGCCACGGCGUGAGUGACACCUGGUACGACAGCCCCGUCCCCAGCUACUCUCCCACCACCUGGGUGGUGCCCAGGGAGCACGGCAAGAACUUCCAGGCUGGUUCCCCCGACACCAAGGCAGAGGGGCUGGAAGGGCAGAUCAGCAGGCUGGCCAAGCUGAUUGGCAAGCUGGAGGACAAGACGCUGUGGUUCGACCUGCAGCAGCGGCUGUCGGACAGCGAGGGCACGGCCUGCACGUACCUGCUGCUGGUGCGGAGUGAGAUGACGGUGUGGCACAAGCACCUGAGCGAGUUCUGCAGCUCCCUGAAGCAGUACCUGAAGAGCGUGGCCGGGCAGCGGGACUGCUUCCAUGUCACAGCAGUGAAGCUGCCAGACGGGGUCACCUUCAUCGUCUAUGAGUUCUGGGAGACUGAGGAGGACUGGAAGAGGCACCUGCAGAGUGCCACCUGCAAGGGCUUCCAGCACGUCAAGGUGGACACGCUGAGCCAGCCCGAGGCCAUCUCCAGCGUGGCCGUGCCAGCUGCCUGGUGCACCCUGAGCCGGGACUGACCGCUGGAGCCGGGGGGCCCCGCAGCACCUGCCCCUCUGCAGGGUGGCCGUGACCCCCUGCACGGCUGGGGAGGGGGAGGUGCCGCUCUGACCUGGCUGGAGUGAAGGAAACCCCCAUGUGUGUCCCCACCACCCCAUAGAGUCCUUCCCCAGCUACCCCAGCACCUGGGUCGUCUCUCCCUGGCAUGAGGUGGUCCCUGGGAAGGGAAGGGCUGCCAGGGAGGGGCUGGCAGGCUUUGGGGAGGGGGACAUCCCCCAGACAUAGGCAGGCAGGGAUGGGCAGGGUGCAGGCAGCCAGGCAUUGGGAAGUAGAGGUGGGAGUGGGAGGCUGGAGCCCCCCCUGAAAGCAGGCAGUAGGUUGGGGGUCCGUGCCAGUCCCCAGGGCCACCCAGGGAAGGGGCUGGGGGAGCUGAGGCUGUGCCUGGCACAGUGUGUGUGUGCCUGCAGGGAGGGGCACCUGUGUGCCUGGGGAGUCAAGGUGCUGGCAAAGGGGGGGAUAUCCCUGCUCCCAAGGCAACCCUGAGUCUUUUCUGGGUGUGGAGGAUCCCAAGGGGUUUCCCUGUGCAGUUGAAGCGAGUGAGGGUGGCUGCCCCCCCUUCCCCCUUCCUGGGGUCUGUACUUCUGUCUGUGUGUCUGUCUGUCUGUGCCCAUCCUGCCCCCAGCCCCCUGUGCACGGGGGUCCCUCAGGGUGUGGCACAGGACCCUCGCUGAUACCCUGUCCUGUCUUUAUUAGCCCCUGUACAACGGGGACGUGCUGCCAAAUAAACCACGAUGGGCUCCAGUGCUGGGCUGUG